UUUUGUUUUGUUUUGUUUUUUUGUUUUGUUUUGUUUUGUUUGUUUUUUGGUGUGGGGCUACCACCAGAUUCCAAGUCCCGGGGUUCCGCGUUCUCUUUGUGACGUAUGGUUCUCGUCACGUGCCCUCUCACGACGCCCAAUCAGAGCACGGAGUCCUUCCAGGCUCGCGAUUCAAACUGUUCCUAUUGCCCGGGCCGAGCCCGGCUCGGAAUCUCCCGGUGGAAUGAAACAAUUGAGCUUUUUCGUGAUAAGAUGCCAUUACGGAAACAUCGAAGUCAUUUCAAAAGCUACGAACGUUGCUUUACAGCCUCAGAAGCUGUGGAUUGGUUACAUGAUCUACUCAGGCAUAGCCAGAACUUUGGCCCAGAAGUGACUCGCAAACAAACAGUACAGCUGCUAAAAAAGUUCCUGAAAAAUCAUGUUAUUGAAGACAUCAAGGGAAGGUGGGGUCAGGAAGAUUUUGAGGACAACCGACAUCUUUACAGGUUUCCACCUUCUUCACCCCUGAAACCAUACCCAAAGAGAUCACCUUACCAAGCAAGUGUUAUCAAAUUCCCAGACUGGACUGAUCAACCACCAGGCACUACCCAAGAAAACAUACCCGUGAGACCUAUUAUUAUGAAUUCUGAAUCAUGGUACAAGCGUCACAGUAUCGCAAUUGGAGAAGUGCCUGCCUGCCGCCUUGUCUACCGGAAGCAACUGACAGAGGCCAAUGUGGAGGAGAUCUGGAAGUCUAUGACAUUAUCACAUUUACAGAAAAUCCUUGAACUGGACUCCCUGGAGGAAGUUUUGGAUACCAAACUUGUCAACUCAAAGUUCAUCAUCCACAAUGUAUACAGUGUUAGUAAGCAGGGAGUUGUCAUCCUCACGGAUAAAUCAAAAGAACUUCCUCAUUGGGUACUGUCAGCUAUGAAAUGCUUAGCAAAUUGGCCUACUUGUUCAGACUUGAAGCAGCCUAUGUAUUCAGGGUUUGAAAAAGAUGUCUUUAAAACUAUAGCAGAUUACUAUGGUCACUUGAAGGAACCUCUGCUCACAUUUCAGCUUUUUGAUGUCUUUGUCAGUGUACUGGGUUUGUUACAGAAAGAAAAAAUUGCUAUUGAAGCAUUUCAGAUUUGCUGUCUCCUCCUGCCUCCUGAAAAUCGGAGAAAGUUACAACUGUUGAUUAGGAUGAUGGCGAAGAUCUGCUUAAACAAGGAAAUGCCACCGCUCUGUGAUGGCCUUGGCACCCGUACUCUGAUGGUUCAGACGUUUUCACGUUGCAUCCUGUGCUCUGAGGAGGAAGUCGAUUUGGAUGAACUGUUGGCUGCCAGACUGGUGACAUUUCUGAUGGACAAUCACCAGGAGAUCUUGCAGGCUCCCUCUUCCUUGCAGAGUGCAAUAGAGGAUCGAGUAGCCCAUCUGCGAAGGGUCCAGAUAAAAUACCCAGGAGCGGAUACUGAUGCAACUUUGUCUGCCCCACCAUUUUGUCGUCAGAUUAGUCCAGAAGAAUUUGAAUACCAAAGAGUAUGUGGCUCCCAAGAACCCCUGGCAGCAUUGCUGGAGGAAAUCAUCAUGGAUACCAAACUGUCAGUCAAGGAUAAAAAGAAAAAACUGAAACAGUUUCAGAAAUCCUAUCCUGAAGUCUACCAGGAGCGAUUUCCCACACCAGAGAGUGAAGCACUGGUGUUUCCAGAAAAACUAAAACCGAAACCACAGCUGCUGAUGUGGGCACUGAAAAAGCCUUUUCAGCCUUUUCAAAGAACUAGAAGUUUUCGGAUGUAACUCGUUCUGAAAUCAUUAGUGAUCUCUUUUUUGAGUGCCUGAAUUUGGAAGAGAGGACAACAUAUGCAUUUUGAGUACUGAAAUAUAUGAAAAAGGUUAUCUGAUUUUAAAAAAUGAUCUUGAGCCAUUACCAGUAUUUUUAUAAGCUUUGAUUUCUAUUUUUUAUGUACAAUUAUUUUCACAAUUAUAGGCCAAGUGUUGUGUAGGAGGAUGAAAUUGGAAAUUUUAAGAAUGAGGUGUUUUAGUUCUCUUUAGUCAUUUCUUUUAAAUGUUAUUUUCUUCAGUGAAUUGUGUAUAAGUGUGAGUGUGCGGGUGUGUUUUGUGUAUGGGUGUGUAAAAGUUAUUAGCUCUUGAGAUACUUGUAAACAAGUUUGAAAAAGUGAUUGUAUGUACUUGAAUGAGAACAAAACACUGGGUAUUGUUACUAUGCUGUUACUGCCUCUACAACUAGGUAUGGUUUCUACUGUACAAAUUCUGUGACUUUUCUUAACUGUACAAAGGUUCUUUAGGCCCUGUGCUGGCCCUUAGUUCCUUUACUCUUGAUAUAUUGGACAUCAAGAUGAAUUUCAAUAAACUAACUCCCCCCAUGACAUAUCAUUCAGUAUUUGUAAAUCUGCCUAGAAUGGCCGAAUUUGGAACCUGGCCAAAGAUGGAAGGCUAAACAAGAUAAACUGCACCAGGUCCUCUCAGCCCUGUAAUUUCUCGUCAAAAUCUUUACUGUUUUUCUGUGAAAAACACAAGUGGGAGAAGGGCAAUGAGACUGAGUCCUUUCACAAAUCCAUUUUUCCGAACCAACACAAAUCUUUUUGGAAGGGUGUGGAUGUAUAUAUGUCUAAGUGAAUAGGUAAAUAAAAUGCAUUUUUUUCCUGUG